AUGUUCCGAACAAUAUACGUAGUGGGCUUUUUGUUGGCUUCUUUAUCUAAAAUACUCGCGCUCCCAUACAACAUUGACGAAGACAUCGAGGUACCAUUAAUUCAGCUGGAUAAACAUGAAACAAUUGAACUUCCUUUCUGGUCAAAAGUUGGAAUUGCCGUUUUUCUUGUAUUAUUGGGAGGACUUUUUGCUGGAUUAACCCUCGGUUUGAUGAGUCUAGACGAAACGAAUCUUCACAUUCUUGCUAGUUCAG